AUCAUGCAUUCAUGCCUAUAUUUGUGUAUGAACAGUUAAGGAAAGGUUUGUAUGGCGAAUACAAGCGGCGUUAGAAAAGGUGCAUGGACAUAUGAAGAAGACAACUGUCUCAAGGCUUACAUUCUCAAGCAUGGUGUAGGAAAAUGGCAUUUAAUUCCUGAAAGAACAGGAUUGAAUAGAUGUCGAAAAAGUUGUAGAUUGAGGUGGGUAAAUUAUUUAAAUCCCUACAUCAACAGGGAGAAUUUUUCUAAGGAUGAAGUUGAUUUGAUUCUAAGGUUACACAACCUUCUAGGCAAUAGAUGGUCAUUGAUUGCUGGAAGGCUUCCAGGUAGAACAGCUAAUGAUGUGAAAAACUAUUGGAAUACACAUUUACGAAAGAAGGUUGAAUCAGAAGCAAAAGAAAAAAAAGAAAAAGAGAAAUCUAAUGAAACAAUGAAAGCUCAUGAGGUUAUUAAACCUCGGCCUAUAACUUUAUCAUCUCGUUCACAUUUUGUUCAUGAUUCAAAUAAAGAUCGUUAUGUUCCCAUAUAUCAAGAUGAUUCAUCAGAGACUAUGGUUCCAAGUCAAAUUGGUGGAGAUUAUGCUUCUGCUGUACAACCAAGUCUUGGUAAUAAUGUCCAAACACCGUGUGCAAUGUGGUCAGACAGUUUAUGGGACAUGGGGAGCAGUGAGAAAAUUGGCUCAUGCUCUUCAUUACAAGAGGUGAACAACUUCAACAUGGAUUUUCCUGAUGACUCCUUUUGGGAUUUCAACUUUUCUGAUUUUGAAUUUCUUCGAGAUCUUUAAUUUUUGUGAAAUAUUAUUAGUUCUACGUUGAAGCUUAACAAAGUCGCUUACUGUUUGUCAAAACAAAAUGGCACGAAAUAAAAUGAAUCAAAAUGUAACAUAUGUUCUAUGUUAUAUUGCAUGGCUUGAGUAUUUUGAAUUUGGAAUAAAAGAAUCUUUGAAUAA